AUGUCGUUAUCAACUAUCGAUUCUCGUGAAUGGGGGAAACUUUUCCCAUUAGAACUCACGGCAAAGUCAGAUUCGGCUUUAUUCAUUCAUCGUCUUUUCACAGUUACCCUAUCAGCUCUAACGGCUAAACGACAUAUUUUCUCCAGUGAUCACUUUUCAUCGAAAAAACUUGGUUCAUUAUCUGUUCCAUUAUUUACUCGAUCGACAUCGAUCAGUGAACAAAAACGUUUUAAUUCAACAGUUUUCUCAUGGAUCCAAGGUGUAUCUCAGGCUAUUGCCAAUGAUUAUUUGAAAUUAGCUACUUUUUUUGUUAUAUCAAAAGUCGAUGAUUCAGUCUUCGAAAUGUACGAAUAUUAUUUUGCAUACAACAAUCCUUCGACGACCAGUCCCGAUGAAAGUUUUCUGAACACAACAUCCACUGAUGAUAUUCAACAGCAAGUCUUAAAAGCAUUGCAACAGAUCAAUGAAUUUAUCGACGAACGUCUCAAACCAAUUGCUAAUCGAGGUGAUUAUCGUUUUUGUCUGAAAAUUCAAUAUAACUCAUCAAUCACCCCGGAAAACUAUCAACCAACAGGUUUUACGGAUUCACGAGAAAUCGUCUCGCCGAUUAAUUGGAAACAAAUUUUAACAAUGAAAUUAUCAAGUUCGAGAAGAAUUCUAGCACAGAUCAAAACCACACAUCAUAAAAUGUUAUUAGUCUAUCGUACACCAACAAUGAACUCAACCAGUCGAAAAUAA